AUGGCAGCCCUUACUUUAGCACGCGCCUAUCAGCACUCUUUCGACACCCAUCCGUACUCCACUCUCGCAGUUACGGGAGGAUGCCUGAAUGCCCUUGGGGACGUUGUGGCCCAAGUCGCACAACGAACGGUUGGCCGAGGAGAGAAGGAAGAUGUUCCUAAAUAUGAUGUCACACGAACUGCCCGUUUCUUCGCAUAUGGCGUUAUGAUAAGUCCAUUCAUGGGCCGGUGGAAUUUGUUCCUCGAAAGACGCUUUCCGUUACGAGCUAUAAAGGGAACAAAUAAAGUAUCCCUCAAUGCUCUAGGGAAACGUGUCGCAGCCGAUCAGCUAUUCAUGGCUCCUUUGGGUUUGGCAAUAUUCUUAAGUUCAAUGGGUAUCAUGGAAGGUCGUAGUCCCCGUCAGAUAGGCAACCGGUUCAAGGAUCUCUACAGCACUGCUCUUAUAGCCAACUGGAGAGUAUGGCCUCUCGCCCAGCUUAUCAACUUCCGAUACAUGCCCCUGCCAUAUCGUGUCCCAUUUUCGCAAGCAUGUGGAGUGUUCUGGACACUGUAUCUCUCCAUCCUAAAUUCCGAAGAAGACGUGCGACAAGACAAAGAGCUUGCGGACCGGCGCCAAAAAGUUUUGAACUCAUGA